AUGUCUAAUGCACACGUACAGCGUUCCUCAGCUGUUACGGCAGAGUCUCAAAGUCUAGAACGGCCGAACAGACUGCUGGGCCGGAAGCGAAAGAGGGUCUCAGUAGCAUGUCGAAGCUGUCGAGUCCGCAAAUCCCGCUGCGAUGGGGCGCAACCAUGCUCGACCUGUGAGGAUACGGAGACCGAGUGUAUGUACGAACAGGCCCACAGCAGGCCUGCCGUAGAGACCGUAACCGAUCGCGUGGAACAGCGACUGCUGGCAAUCGAGCAGAAGUUGCAGCGUUUAGGACAGGAGGCACGCGUUGACUGGUCCCCAGAGGCUGCCACAUCUAUUCCACCUAACGGAAAGUUGACACUAGAUGAUGGCGUAGAUGGCAUGGGUGCCGUAAUGUUGGAGGACGAAGGGGAAGAAAGUGAAUACUUCGGGAAUUCUUCCAACGUGUCGUUUUUGCGCUUCAUUAUUCAUGCCACGAGCCACUGUGUUACUCGGGGAGACGGCCCCUCUAACCUCACCCAGGAUAGCACAGACGCUACCGGUGGGCCAAGGGACGACGAUUUCGAUGGCUUCUUACAAAGGCCCCCGGAUGAGAGCCCUAGCAGCUUGAGUGCUGAUCGAGGGGUCGUGGAACGCUUCUCAUUCCCCCCGCCGGCGGAAGCAGACGGCCUGUUGCAGAUUUACUUUACCACGGUCAACCUGAUGAUGCCAUGCAUUCAUGAAGCAUCGUUUCUAGGUACCUACAGGAAGAUGCGUAACAAUGAACUGCCAGACAUAAGACGGUCCUGGUUAGGCGUCUUGAAUAUCAUUUUUGCCAUUGCUACUAACUUGACGACGGCGACGACCCCCACCAGUGAACGCGCCACCCGCUCGCGUAUGUACUUUGAACGCGCGAUGGAGGUGACGAAGUCUGAUAUCGUGGGACGGGUUUCCCUGGAAUUAGAGCUUUUCUUCCUGUUGGUGUACUCGUAUCUGGAAGGGACAACGUCAGCGUCCCUGGCAUGGACAUUCCAUAGCCUCGCUGUCAAAGGGGCCUACCAACUAGGUCUUCAUGGCAUAUCUUCAAAAGGAUUGUCACAAAUCGACCAAGAGCUGCGACGAAGGCUGUGGUACUGGUGUGUGAUGAACGACCGAUUGCUCAGUGCGUCGUAUGGCCGGCCGCCGCUCAUUCCACUCUCCCACGCCAGGAUCAAUAAACUAGUACAUCUUCCGUUUAACAACGUUCCCAGCGGCGUGAUAAUGUCUAGCAUUGAGUACUUCGACGCGCUGAUGUCCUUAACCCACAUCGUUGGAGGCGCUGUGGACAAGUUGUACGACCAGAAUCUGGGCUCUCAAAUCCAGUUGCCGAUCAACGAAGUCGUAGAACGAAUUAACCGUCUGACCUGGCAGCUCGCUACAUGGCAGGAUGGCUUACCCGCAUGCCUCAGCAUCAUUACCUCCCAAGACAUAUUGGAGGACGUCCCUCUGACAAUUGGAACCCCUCGAUUACGCGUUUUACUUUCUCUUCGCUACUUGGGCACUCGUAUACUUAUCCUAAGACCGAUUCUGCCCAUCCUAUUGGAUCUCUCGAAAAUCGCCGCCCUGGACGUCCAGCAGUCAAUGUGGGUCCAUGGUCCUGGCUCACUCCUCCUAGCCGACCUGAUACGAGCGAUCAGCGAUAUCUUGCGAGUCAGCGAGAAUAUCCUAGCCGGGGCGAAAAAAGAUCAGAAUUUAUUGGGGGCAUGGUGGUUUUCGUGUUAUUAUACCUUCAAUGCCUCUCUUGCUACCAUUGGUGUCCUGCUAACUAAACGUGUCUCCGCAUUUCCUGAUAGGCUACCGGACGUGUCUUAUGCCCACGUGCGAUCAUUGUUGGACUCUGCCAAGGACAUACUCCGUGGCCUGGGGAACUCUAAUAGAACAGUAGUGCGAUGUCACAAUAUCCUGACGAAAUUGCUGACUUCAUUUGACCUAGAAGGUAAUACAUUCAUGAUCCACUCCAUUGGAGAUAGAUGGACCUAA